UUCCAUCAGGUAUUGGGGGCGCGUCUGCAGAGGGGAAGCGGGUUUCAAUUUCAAACCCAAACAGUCCGAGGGACGAGCUAGCGUGUUGUGGGAUAAGGUGUAAACCAAAGAGUUACAGUGCUCAAUUGGAAUUUGUAACGUUAUUCAAACACACAACAGAAGGGUGUCGCUAUUACCAGCCGUGGUUACAGUCCACAGAAUCCGCGAAAAAAAAAGUCGCCCGCCGCGUCUUCGCUCCAGUUUUCCGCGCCUGGUCAAUUUGGAUGACAAACCGACGCUUGGCUUGUUUGUUGCAGGUGUUGGCCAAUCCCGGUUCCGUACCACACUAAAACUACAACUGUGCUUUAAUUACACAUUUAUCCCGACAUUGCAAGCCAUCUCUGCAAGAAACAUGCCGAGGUCCAACAGGCAAAAGGAGUACAAACCAGGAGAUCUUGUGUUUGCUAAAAUGAAGGGAUAUCCACACUGGCCUGCGAGGAUUGAUGAGUUACCUGAAGGAGCAGUGAAGUCACCCUCAAAUAAAUACCAGGUGUUCUUCUUUGGAACACAUGAGACGGCAUUCCUUGGGGCCAAGGAUUUGUUCCCGUAUGAUGAAUGCAAGGAGAAGUAUGGAAAAGCAAACAAGAGGAAAGGCUUUGCUGAGGGACUCUGGGAGAUCGAGAAUAACCCCACUGUCACGCAUGAAGGCUACGAGUCAUCGAAGAAGGACAACGCAUCAGAAGGAGCGGGGGAUACAGGUAGUUCGGAGAAAGCAGAUGCCGAGGGAAGCAGUGAUGAGGAUGAAGGGGCCCUGGUCAUCGAUGAGAAGAACGAGAGGGGAGGAACCAAACGAAAAGCAGAGGAGUCUACAGAGGCAUCUCCCAAGCGGCCGAAGGAUACAGGAGCGGAAGGUGACUCUAAAGUAGACAGCAACAAGUCUAACACAGAGGCCAAGCUCAACGAUGUGGCUGGACCCAAGGCAACUGCUCCCUCCUCACAGAGUGAGUCAAAACCAGAGGCCCAGGAAAGUGCUCCAGCAGGAGGCCAGCUAACAGCAGAUAAGCCUGUGACAGAUAGUGCUUAACAUCAACUCACAGAAGAAAACCAAGAACCUUUCAACGCUUCUCUCUGGAAUUCAAGCAUCAACAUGAUUACUUGCAGGAUGCCAGAUUUCAGCCGUUUAAUUAAUAGGAGAAUUUUAAGAAGAAACCUAAGUGUUUGUAUUGAGAGACAAGCAAAUCCUCAUUUGCCAUUUUUGGGAUAUCAUAUAUCCCAGAAACAAAAAGUUUGCUAAUCUGAUUUCAAACAAUUGAACUGAGCACUUUAAGGCUCAUUUAUAAAUGGGAUUUUGGUGUGUAUAUAUUUUUUAUUUCUAAGUGCAAUUACAUAAUUACAAAGACUAAAUGCUAGGUGUCAAAACAUUUUUUUCAGUUUAGAAGGAAUAAACACUGAAUAUAUAGUAAAUUUAAAAAAGAAAACAUUUAAACAAAAAACGUAAACAUUUAUUUGACAAAGUCUCCCAUUUGAUGGUUUUAAAACAUAGAUAUUGUACAGGAAAAAGAACAAAUUUUCAACCGUGCUCUCAGCUUUGGUUCAUGAAUUCCAUGUUUUACUUCCAUUUGUUUCACCUAGCUUCCCAGCCUCAUCUGAAUCAUUUAUUCACUUGUUGGAUAUGAGUUGCACUUUCAGAACUUUUAUUUCCCACUGCCCCAUUAAUCGUUGACUAGUUUCACUUUGAUAUUUUUAUGCAACAUAGUUUUUGUUGCAUUGUGGUGUGCUUCAUCGCAGGUGACCAAAUUACAUGAUUGAUUUGCACAGGAUCCCACAUGUGGCCCACUCGGCUUUUGGAUAAGUAAACCCCAUUUGAAACAAACUACUUUAGGAUUUAAACAGUUACUUUGCAAACCCCUCUUUAACUUUCUUUAACUGAUGGUGUGCAUUAUUGAAAGCAGAAAGACAUUCCUGAAUGUUGUCGCGUCCGAGCUCAGUCUUGAAGCUUUUCAAGUCAAGGUGGAGUAAUGGUGUGUUUUGAGGGGGAAGAAAAUUUAAGUCGCCACUUUUUCUGGGGAAUUUAUCUGGCAAACUCUUUCAGAUCCAUCAACUCAACUCUCAGUUUCAUGUUGUUAUGAUUUUUUAAGAAAAUUUAGCUCACAUUAAUGCUGCCAUUGCUUGAUACUGGAGAUGUAAAUUGUGAAGAACACUUGAUUGCAUUCAGUAAUUGGUUGCACCAAAUCUGUUUUCUUUUUCAGCUCUGAAAUGUAUUGCUGACGUUGUUAAUACCAACAUAUGAUUUACACAAUUUUACUUUAGAUUUUUUCUUCUUUGGAAAGGAAUUGAGGAAGAAUCUACAGAGUGGACAGUCUGUAAAUCUUUAGUUUCUGACAUUUUGGUUUCCAACCCUCCUAACUGGAAUAUGAGUCUGCUUUACUUCAGUGGUCUUAUCUUAUUAUUUUGGCUGUGAAACAAAGUUGUGAUGUUUUAAAGACGUGUUUUAUUCACACAUUUGUUUUGAAAACAUGUUGGUCAAUAUGUGGUGGUGUUAUUUUCCACUAUAUGUAAUUUUUAAGGUUCAAGGCUUUUUUUUUUUUUCCUAAAUGCUUGACCUGUUCACCAUGUUACUUGGAUGUCCUAGUCAUUGCUUCGGUGUUCUGUAUUUGGCAACAUGAGCCCACAGUUUAUCAAAUUAUGAACCUAAGGAAAAUCACAGCUCCUCAAAGUGAAAAUAUUUCUGGCUGUUGUGUCUAAGAUGGCCGCCUUCCUAUCACCAUGCCGCUGAUUUCAAAAAGUACCCCACUCAGAUCUACAGUUAAUUCCAAGGGUAUAAUUUGGUAUUAAAGUGUAAUUCUUGGUUUAGCUUUCUGUGUUACUUUCGAAAGCUGCCAUUCAUCUUAAUCUGCUGCUUAGUUUACUAUUGUAGUUGCCAGUCCAUUUAAUAAACCUGUUGAUUACAAAAAAA